GCCUGAUUUAUUCCCGAGUGAGAGGAGCGGACGCAGGAACUCUUGGGUCCCAGCAUCUGAGCGCGUGGACCCUUUCCGGCGUCCCGCAGCAUGCAGCUCUUCCGUGUGCUGGCCGCGCUGUGCGGCGUGCUGCUCUGCGCCUCUGGCCUCUUCGCCGCGUCCGGUGACUUCUGUGACUCCAGCCUGUGCCUGAACGGUGGCACCUGCUUGACGGGCCAAGACAAUGACAUCUACUGCCUCUGCCCUGAAGGCUUCACAGGCCUUGUGUGCAACGAGACUGAGAAAGGUCCGUGCUCCCCAAACCCUUGCUACAACGAUGCCAAAUGUCAGGUGACUGUGGACACACAGCGAGGGGACAUCUUCACCGAAUACAUCUGCCACUGCCCUGUGGGCUACUCGGGCAUCCACUGUGAAACCGAGACCAACUACUACAACCUGGAUGGAGAGUACAUGUUCACCACAGCCGUCCCCAAUACUGCCGUCCCCACCCCGGCCCCCACCCCCGAUCUUUCCGACAAGUUAGCCUCCCGUUGCUCUGCACAGCUGGGCAUGGAAGGGGGCGCCAUUGCUGAUUCACAGAUUUCCGCCUCAUCUGUGUAUAUGGGUUUCAUGGGUUUGCAGCGCUGGGGCCCGGAGCUGGCUCGUCUGUACCGCACAGGGAUCGUCAAUGCCUGGACAGCCAGCAACUAUGAUAGCAAGCCCUGGAUCCAGGUGAACCUUCUGCGGAAGAUGCGGGUAUCAGGUGUGAUGACGCAGGGGGCCAGCCGUGCUGGGAGGGCGGAGUACCUGAAGACCUUCAAGGUGGCCUACAGCCUCGACGGACGCAAGUUCGAUUUCAUACAGGAUGAAAGCGGUACCGGAGACAAGGAGUUUUUGGGUAACCUGGACAACAACAGCCUGAAGGUUAACAUGUUCAACCCGACUCUGGAGGCACAGUACAUAAGGCUGUACCCUGUUUCGUGCCACCGCGGCUGCACCCUCCGCUUCGAGCUCCUGGGGUGUGAGUUGCAUGGAUGUUCUGAGCCCCUGGGCCUAAAGAAUAACACGAUUCCUGACAGCCAGAUGUCAGCCUCCAGCAGCUACAAGACGUGGAACCUGCGUGCCUUUGGCUGGUACCCCCACUUGGGGCGGCUGGACAAUCAGGGCAAGAUCAAUGCCUGGACGGCUCAGAGCAACAGUGCCAAGGAAUGGCUGCAGGUUGACCUGGGCACUCAGAGGCAAGUGACAGGAAUCAUCACCCAGGGGGCCCGUGACUUUGGCCACAUCCAGUACGUGGCGUCCUAUAAGGUAGCCCACAGUGAUGACGGUGUGCAGUGGACCGUGUAUGAGGAGCAAGGAACCAGCAAGGUCUUCCAGGGCAACUUGGACAACAACUCCCACAAGAAGAACAUCUUUGAGAAACCCUUCAUGGCUCGCUACGUGCGUGUCCUUCCAGUGUCCUGGCAUAACCGCAUCACCCUGCGCCUGGAGCUGCUGGGCUGUUAGUGCUCAGUCCUGCCAGCCCAAAUGAUGGACGGCCAGAGGCUGUGGGGCCUCCUGGCCCUGCCUCCCAGGCCCUGCUGCCUUCUGUGGCUGACGACCUUCUCUGCCCUCUCUCCUGAUUGUACUGGGUCUGGAGACAGGAAGGGCCGGGGGGUUUCGGAGUUACCUCUCGCCCUUUCCCUCACCCUGCAGCCCCCACAGGCCUCCUGUUAACCCCCUUCUCUCAGGCAUUCUGGGGGAGUUGGACAGGUCUGAGAUGAAUAGAGAAGAGUGAAGUUGGGGUACGUGGGCUGUCUGUAACCAACCACCCCAAGUCCUAAACUUCCUGCCAGGGCUUGACUCGGGACUGAAGGGAGCCUCAACUGCCCAUCCCUCCCUGCACACCACACAUUCCUCCACGUUCCAUUCCGGGAAGGAGAGGCCCACGCCCGCUUGCUGCCCCUUGGGUCACCAGAUCCUUCCUCUUAUCUCCCGAGAUGCCUCUUGACCCUUGCACUGGAGCCUCAGUUGACAAGGAGACUGGCGUGUCUGGAGAGGUCGGUGGGCUCUGGGUGGUUGGCAGGUUGGCUGUGGGACCUCUGCUGGCUUGCUACCCAAGUUAACAAGCAGAUUCCAAAAUACAUUCGUGUUCUCCACUGGA